AUGGCGGAAGUACUGUCUCCUCUGCCCUCGCCGCCUAGCUCCAUCAACAUGCUGCACUCGCGUCCUUCGUCUUCGGACGCAUACCAGGCCAACCACCAAAGAGUUGGCUCUACUCCUAGGAGCAAUUACCGCAGCUCGCCUUCUGCCGCUCCAGUGCAGCCUUACGCUUUCCAAACAACUCCCCAUCUGAGACAGGAAUCGCGCACCAUCUCGGCCUCCUCCAGCGUGCCUCAAGCCCAACAAAAGGGCCACAAGAGCACUUCAUCCACCUCGACCACCUCUUCGGCCGAUCUUACCACAAAGACACCGCCGCUGAGCCCUGGAAAGGACGCCUUCAUCAACCUGUCUUCCAGCAUUCCUGACCUCUCAUUGACGUCGUUUGAGACGACGCCAAAGUCUUCUCCCAACAGAUAUCGCCGAACACCCCAACGUGCUGAUUCCAACCACUCGCUACAGAAGGCACCAUCGCCUGCCUCGUCGGUCGACAAUCUGUUGACGCCGCCUGCUCCUCAGCUCAACAGAACCUCGAGCGAUGACAUUACCGUCACCAAAUCUAGCACAUCUGAGUCUGCAAAGAGGUACCGCCGACGAAGUCUGAACAACUUGGAGAUGAGCAAGCUCGAGGAUGGUCGUCCUUCUUCUCAGGGCAAUGCCACCAUUCGACCUGUCUCUUUCCAUUCGCGCACCAGUAGUGGCGAUAGCACUGGCCGACGAGUGCCAUCGUCGUCUACACCUCCUCCUUCUGGCAGAAUAUCUCCUGCUGCAUCGGGUAGCCCUGUGAAACUGCCUAUUCGUGGCAGUGCCACCAACCCGUCUCCUCUUUCCAAAUUACCCAUUACCGGUGCGCCUCAAUCACCAGAGGAGGAGACUCCUAGGCGUCUGAAUACAGCGCAGGCACAGAGUCCGGCUGCUCAGCAACUCGCUCAUCUGUCUGCCAGCGAUUUGAACAGAGGAAUGAGGUCACGCCUAAGACGAGCCUUCUCCUUUGGCGCCACCCAAGAACUGCGACGAUCGAGUGAGAACCUUCCCCCACAAGGUCCCAUCAACCCUCUCGAUGAGAUGGACCCCGAACAAGCUGCCAUUGCCAGACAGCAAGAAGCUGCUGGCAUCGGCUCAAGCAUUUACACUGGCCAAGGCGGGUUUACUGGUUCCACGGACAACUUAUCCAUCUCUUCGACCGCUUCCUCUGCGUCGAUGAUGCUCCGUAAGAUGGGCAAGGGUAUGAAGAAAGGUGGUCGCUCGAUCAAGGGUCUGUUCAGACCCAAAUCAGUUAUUGGAGUGCCUGCCGCCGAUGGACCUGUGCAGCCUAGUAUGGCACAGGUAUCAAUGGUGACAGUCGAAGCUGAGAGGCGGAACGUCAACGUUAACGCACAUCCCGGUGAACAACCCGCUGGAGGGACCGGUUUCCCUAAGCUGGAGAAAAACUCAAUCGAGACUGCUCGGAAGUCGAUGGACGGACGUAACGACUCUAUGCGCAAGAGCAUUGUCGGGAAUGAUGCGGAGAGAGCAGAAGUCCUGGCCGCAGUCAAGAAGGGUAUCCUCAAGCGCGCUGGUACUGGCUCUCCCAUUGCUUCUCCCGACCUUCGCCCUCGCGACGGUACCCUCUCGACCGAUUCGCACAGCCCCGUAUCCAGUCUCCCAACCACACCCAGAGACGAUCGUGGUUCGCGAAGUAUGUCAUCUACCACCAGCGACUACUUCAACAACCGCCUAGGUGUUUCCGCAGCCAAGAGCAUGCCUAACACUCCUCAAGGAGGUUCUCGUAACAUUAGCUUCAGUCCUCGCAUCCAAUUCUAUGAUGCAUGGUCAGCUUCUGACUACGAUCGCCGUGGCGACAUUGCAACCUGCAAUCGUCUGACCCCAAUGCUCGCCCAGCAGAUCAAGGAGGAGCUCAACACUUUCAAGAUGGAGAUGGAGGUGCAUGAGCUGUCCAAGCCCCACACGCAUUUUUUCUAA